UUCACGCGGCAUUUUCCCUCGCCCUGUUUUCUUGAGUCCUUGCGGGGUGGGAGUUGUCGAGUGACUGCUUCCGGGUUGCUGAGUGACCUUGAGGCUCGAGAAGCGAGAUGGCGAGUCUUUGGAGGUUGAGUGUCCUGUGCGGUGCGCAAGGAGGCCGAGCUCUGUUUCUCCGAAUCCCGGUGGUCAGACCUGCUCAGGUCUCAGCAUUUCUCCAGGACCAGCCUACCCCAGGAUGGUGUAGAACACAGCACAUUCACCUGUCACCCAACCACUAUUCUAGUUCUAAGGCUGCAUCUCUCCACUGGACUGGUGAGAGGGUUGUCAGUGUUUUGCUCCUGGGCCUAAUUCCAGCUGCUUAUUUGAAUCCUGGCUCUGCGAUGGACUACUCCCUGGCGGCAGCCCUCACUCUCCACAGUCACUGGGGCCUUGGACAAGUGGUUACCGACUAUGUUCGAGGGGAUGCUUUGCAGAAAGCUGCCAAGGCAGGCGUUUUGGCAUUGUCGGCUUUCACCUUUGCUGGGCUUUGUUAUUUCAACUAUCAUGAUGUGGGCAUCUGCAGAGCUGUUGCCAUGCUGUGGAAGCUCUGACCUUUUUGACUUAAUACCUUGAGAAUUGAUUGUACACCUCUUUGCCUCUGCUCUGUCAUGCCAUUCAACUCACAAUAAGGAGGAAAUAACAGAUAAGUCCAUUGGUGAGAUAAACCUCUUCUAAUCACCUGGUUAUUUUUAGAGUUUAGUCCUUGAGGAAAAGGUUCGAGAGGAAUUGUAUUCAAGAAAUUUGGAGACUGGGUUCCUUGGUCUGGUGAGUUUAUGGGGUUGUGUCCCAGCUUCUCACAAGACUCCUAGCAUAACUAACCAUAAUGUAUGAGCUUUUGCCUGUUAACUAAUCAAAUUCUUAAAGGGAAUUCAGCUUUAUUACUAUCAAUACCUGAUCAAACUUCUGUAUUUGUCCUGGGAAUGAUGGAGAAAGGGAAAGCCUGUUAAUUCAUAAGUAAAGAUUUUGCAGAAAAUUAGUGUUUAAUUUUUGAAAAUUUCCCUCUCUGUUCAGUCAAUACCAGUUACUGAUGGUUACAUGUCCUAGGGAAACUUUAAAAUUAGGAAAUACUGAUAUUUCACAUUAUUAAUUUCUAAAUCCUGGGAAGAAGAGCCUGGAGAGCUGAGUAUAGAGAAGUUCCAUGUGGGAAAGAGGUCCCCUCAUAGAUGUAUCAAAGUAUUGUAGAUUCUAAACCAAGACUUAAUCCUCAAAUGUGUUUAUUUUGCUUGUCCUAAAAUAAUCUGUCUACAAAUGUAAAACUGUAAGUAAUAAAUUGUUAUUUUCCCACUGUAGGAAUCUCUAAUGUGAAAAUGUAUUCUAUGAAAAUAAAGUUUUUUUAAAAAAUAAAAUUCUAUCUAAUAAAAAUGUAUUCUACUCUUUUAUGUA